AUGAUGCCCUUCUCCAGCUCCGGGUCGGAGGAAGCCUUCGACUACUUGUUCAAGAUCAUCCUGAUCGGAGACUCCAACGUGGGGAAGACCUGCGUGGUGCACCGCUUCAAGUCGGGGCAGUACCACGAGAAGCAGCAGAACACCAUCGGGGUGGACUUCACCGUGCGCUCGCUGGAGAUCGAUGGCAAGAAGGUGAAGAUCCAGGUGUGGGACACAGCGGGCCAGGAGCGCUUCCGGACGAUAACUCAGAGUUACUAUCGCAGUGCCCAUGGUGCCAUCCUUGCCUAUGACCUUACCAGGAGGUCCACAUUUGAAUCUAUUCCUCAUUGGAUUAAUGAAAUUGAAAAAUAUGGAGCUGCUAACUUAGUCCUGAUGUUAAUUGGGAACAAAUCAGAUGUAGCGGAGAACCGCCAAGUCCUUUUUGAAGAUGCCUGUACACUGGCAGAGAAGCAUGGGCUAUUGGCUGUGUUGGAGACUUCAGCCAAAGAGGCCCAGAAUGUAGAUGAGGUGUUUACAUUGAUGGCAAAGGAGCUGAUAGCCCGCAACACCUUGCAGCUUCAUGGAGGGCAUCCUCCAAACAGCAUCUAUCUGGACUCCAGGCCGGUGAUUGUUAGUCCAAGUGUAGAGAAGUCCCAGUGCUCUUGCUGAUGAGAUGUCUCAAUCAUAAGAGCUGUGAAGGUGUGGCUGAUGAUUUCAUACGUUUCCUGUUUGGCCUCAAACCAUCAUUCUAAUGUAUCACUGCCUUGCUGUUUUGACCUGUAACUCUCUCCAGGAGAUAGAUGUUGCAAUGGUCAAAAGUGCUGGAUUGCCUUGAACAUGGCAGCUGUUGGUACUUAAGCAAAGACUUUGAGCUGAGAGGAGAAGACUAGGCGCUGCUAGCCUGAAAAGAACUGUGAAGACUUACUCCUAAAUGGAAGCAACUGCCUUUGGAUAAACUCUCUGAAUAGAAUCUUCUGGCUGUG